CUCAAAGUGUCAAAAAAGUGCCGGUAAUCAUUUUCAGACAUUUCCAAAAUACAUUCAGUCGAAGUAACUACGUAAAGCGCUACAACUAAAUCAAAUUUUCUUGAAAACAAAAUGUCGACCUGGACACCAUUGGAAUCUAACCCGGAGGUACUGACCAAAUACAUACACAAGCUGGGUGUGUCGCCAUCCUGGUCAAUCACUGACGUCAUCGGCCUGGAUGAGGAGUUAUUGGCCAUGCUGCCCCAGCCAGUCAAGGCUCUCAUUUUGCUAUUUCCCAUUAGCGAUGCAUAUGAAAAGCACCGUGCCGAGGAGCAUGAGCGUAUCAAGUCGGCAGCUGAGCCUCUGAAGACCCCAGCUGAUCUUUUUUAUAUGCGUCAAUUUACACACAAUGCCUGCGGCACCGUUGCCCUCAUCCACAGCGUGGCCAACAACAAGGACAUUGACAUUGGUGAUGGCGUACUGAAGAACUUUUUGAAAAGCUGCGCCAACAUGUCGCCGGAUGAGCGUGGUCAGGCCUUGGAGAAGGACAAGGCCUUCACCGAGGAUCAUCAAAUGUUGGCGCAGGAGGGCCAAACCGAUGCUGGCAACUACGAGACAGUCAUCCAUCACUUCAUUUCCCUCGUCAACAUCGACAACACACUCUACGAGCUAGAUGGGCGCAAGUCGUAUCCCAUCAAUCAUGGCAAAACCUCGGAUGAGACUUUCUUGCCAGACGCUGCUAGGGUGUGCAAGGAGUUCAUGGCCCGUGAUCCGGAUGACAUGCGCUUCACUGUCUUGGCUCUAACUGCUACCCAGGAAUAGAAAGUGAGGGAGAGAGAGCGCC